AUGUCUCCAGUUGUGGAUGACAUAGCAGUGGCCUACGAAGUCACCUGUCUUCCAAAGCUGACUACUAUAAGUAAGGCUGACCCCAUCCAGCCUGUGUUUCUUGUCGCAUCUAUUUCCUGCCGCAUCCAGGGAGUGCGUGGCGAAGGGCGUGUAGGAGUGCGUGGUGAAGGGCGUGGUGAAGGGCGUGUAGGAGUGCGUGGCGAAGGGCGUGUAGGAGUGCGUGGCGAAGGGCUUGUAGGAGUGCGUGGCGAAGGGCUUGUAGGAGUGUGUGGCGAAGGGCUUGUAGGAGUGCGUGGCAGAGGGCGUGUCGGAGUGCGUGGCAGAGGGCGUGUCGGAGUGCGUGGGGGAGGGAGUGGCGGAGGGCGUGUAGGAGGGAGUGGCGGAGGGCGUGUAGGAGGGAGUGGCGGAGGGCGUGUAGGAGGGAGUGGCGGAGGGCGUGUAGGAGUGUAUGGUGAAGGGCGUGUAGGAGUGUAUGGUGAAGGGCGUGUAGGAGUGUAUGGUGAAGGGCGUGUAGGAGUGUAUGGUGAAGGGCGUGUAGGAGUGUAUGGUGAAGGGCGUGUAGGAGUGUAUGGUGAAGGGCGUGUAGGAGUGUGUGGCAAAAGGCAUGUAGGAGUGAGUGGUGAAGGGCGUGUCGGAGUGUGUAGGAGUGUGGCGAAGGACGUGCAGGAGUGGGUGGCGAAGGGCGUGUCAGAGUGUGUGGCGGAGGGCGUGUCAGAGUGUGUGGCGGAGGGCGUGUCGGAGGGCAUGUUGGAGGGCAUGUCGGAGGGCGUGUCGGAGGGCGUGUCGGAGGGCGUGUUGGAGGGCGUGUCAGAGGGCGUGUCGGAGGGCGUGUCGGAGGGCGUGUCGGAGGGCAUGUCGGAGGGCGUGUCGGAGGGCACGUCGGAGGGCACGUCGGAGGGCGCGUCGGAGGGCACGUCGGAGGGCGUGUCGGAGAGUGGGGGAGGAAAAGGAAUAACAGGAGCAUCAGCAGGUGGAACAAGGAGGAAGAGGAGCAUCAGCAGGUGGAACAAGGAGGAAGAGGAGCAUCAGCAGGUGGAACAAGGAGGAAGAGGAGCAUCAGCAGGUGGAACAAGGAGGAAGAGGAGCAUCAGCAGGUGGAACAAGGAGGAAGAGGAGCAUCAGCAGGUGGAACAAGGAGGAAGAGGAGCAUCAGCAGGUGGAACAAGGAGGAAGAGGAGCAUCAGCAGGUGGAACAAGGAGGAAGAGGAGCAUCAGCAGGUGGAACAAGGAGGAAGAGGAGCAUCAGCAGGUGGAACAAGGAGGAAGAGGAGCAUCAGCAGGUGGAACAAGAGGGGAACACAUGAGCAGCAGCAGCAGGAGCAGGAGCAAGAGUAG